AGAGCCGCGCACUAGCUCGGCCACCACUUCCGCUCACACCGCGGCAGGCCGCAAGGCGCAUGCGUGGACUCGUUGGCCACGCAUGCGCGCAAGGCUUUUCCGCGCCUCGGAUAGCUGUGUGUGCGUUUCCCCGUGCGUCCGCCUGCUGCUGCUGGAAGAGCGGGUCAGAAGCGGGGUGCGGUGUUGUGUACGGCUUUUGGGCGGUGUUGAUACGCGAGCGUGCGCCAGCUUUCCGGAUAACGCAGCCCUCGGCUCGACAGAACCGCUGAACGAUGGCCGACGACAACAACCACCACGACGAGAUUAACGAGAUCCAGGACAUACCCGAAAUCGAGCUGAUCAUAAAGGCGUCGACCAUCGAUGGCCGGAGGAAAGGUGCCUGCCUCUUCUGCCAGGAGUACUUUAUGGACCUGUACCUCCUUGCUGAGCUGAAGACCAUCUCACUCAAGGUCACGACAGUGGACAUGCUGAAGCCCCCACCGGACUUCCGCUCCAACUUCGACUCGACGCCACCGCCGAUCCUGAUCGACCGGGGCAGUGCCAUCCUGGAGAACGAGAAGAUUGAGCGCUACAUCAUGAAGAACAUUCCGGGGGGCCACAACCUGUUUGUGCAGGACAAGGACACUGCCACAGUCAUAGAGAACCUCUACAGCAAGUUCAAGCUGAUGCUGACCCGGAGGGACGAGCAGAGCAAGAAGAGCCUGCUGCACCAGCUGAGCAACAUCGACGCCCACCUGCAGCGGGGAGGGGAGCGCUUCCUCACUGGGGACACCAUGUGCUGCUUCGACUGCGAGCUCAUGCCUCGCCUGCAGCACAUCCGCGUGGCCGGCAAGUACUUUGCGGACUUCGAGAUCCCGCGCAGCCUGACGUCGAUGUGGAACUACAUGGGGCACAUGUACCAGCUGGACGCCUUCACCCAGUCCUGCCCCGCCGAUCAGGACAUCAUCAACCACUACAAGCUGCAGCAGGGCACCAAGGUGAACAAGCACGAGGAGCUCGAGACGCCCACCUUCACCACCUCCCUGCCUACCGCCGUCGCCGGGGACCAGAACAACUGCCACUGAGGGGCCCACCAGAGGGACGCCCCGACCUGCCGGCUACUGCUGCAGGCUCAUAAUAUAUACUUUUCCGCCCCCUUUUGUUUUUUUUUCUUAUUUUUAAUUUGCGUCCCGGAAACAUUCUUGGCGUACCGUGAGCCAUUCGUAACGGAAGCCGUUUGUAACGGACACCGUUCCUAUCGGAAAACUGUUCGUAUGGGAAACGGUUUCAGGUGUGGCAUGACGACGUCUGCAGACAAUGUCCUUUUUGUUCCCAUUUGUUUUUGUUAGUUUUUUUUUCUAUUGCGAUUAUAUAGAGCUCUAUGUUAGACCGUGAUAGUCUAGUUCUUGGCCAAUCAGGAAGCCCGAGUUUCCUCGAAACGAAAGGGAACGGCAAACUAAGGGAGCCGAAAGGCCGUAACACCUCUGCGGCGGCCCUCUGCUCUUAAUCUCCCCGGGCGCCUCGAUCGCCGAGGCGCUCUGCCGCGAAACUGCCAAAGCACAAUUUGCCUUCUUCCGAGCAUUUUUCAGCUGCAACGCACCAUUUUCCUUCCAGUUCGCCGUGCAAACGCUCGUGCUCCCUUCGACCUCGCCACUUUCUCUGCUACGGUUGAAGCCAUUCUGAUGGACCCUCGUUUUCCUCCAUUCGCUUUUCCUCUCAACACUGGGACAUUGGUUAGAACUCACUAUCCCUGGCAGUCAGCAAAUGUUUUUCAAGAUAGCUGUAGAUACAAUGUACAUAAAGUUGUUUGUCGGACGUUGCGUGUUACCCCAGAUUGCUGCGGAACUAAACGAAGUGCGGGGCCUCCCAAACUGUCCAGACAAGGACCCUCACAGGUGUCGGCUCUGUUGGCAGGUCGGCCAGUGCCUUCCCCGCAGUGCCUCUGAAUUCGGGAGCUUGAUCCCGGUUGUCGCGUCUGCUUCUGCAUGCCUCUCCUCCUGGGAGAGUUUGCCAAAUGUUGUGCCCAGGGAAAGAGGCAGCACUUGCAGCUGCCCACCCUCCCAGGGCCGGUAGACUGUUUUCCCGCGCCUUCUUUGUUACUGCCAGAUUUGGAAAUCAGAACCCUUGUUUUGUUGUUGGCGCACGUACAUAAUAAAAAGACAGAGUUGUGACAUUAUGUUGUGUGCUUGCGUGGAAUGAGUUGAUGACAUUUUAGACGUAGGUGCCCAACGUCGUUGUAUUCUUCCAGGUAUUCAGUUUAUUAAUAUUUGGCAAUUUUGUAGUUUGUCCCCCCCUUCUUGCUAAAAAAUAUCCAGAUGGAAUUGGCCUUCGAGUUUUUUGUAUUGUCUUUGCCUGAAUAAAACGCUCUAGUUUGUCA